CGACGGGUGCGAUUGUCCCUCUGAGUUCUUCUGGAAUGAGGAGACUGAUUCAUGUGUUCCAAAGACGGACUGCUUCUGUAUUCAUGAUGGGACUCGUUACGCAAAAGGAGACAUCGCCGACAUCGAAUGCAGCACGUGCGAAUGCAUGGGCGGGUCAUGGAAUUGUCUUCGGAAUGAUACUUCCUGUCCUGGAACGUGCUCGAUUACAGGGAAAUUUCUAACUACAUUUAAUACAUUUGAUGGCCAGCUAUUCCAAAACACUGAGAGUUGCGAGCAUUUGUUGAUAGAACCAUUGCCUGCUACCGAUAACUCCGCACCGUCCAAGACCUUCCAGCUCAGCCUUGGCCAUACAUGUUCUUAUGGCACACCUUUAUGUCCACCGUUUGUAAAACUGACAAUAAAAGAUGCAGGGGUCUCGGAAGUCUUCAGAUUUCAUCCAGAUGGACGUGUGCGUUUUCGGAACUUAUAUAUGCAACUGCCAUUUUGGGGGAAAAUUGGGGUUGUGGUGAGAAAUAUUAUGGAUAAUUACCUGCUCGUCAAUACAGACUUUGGUCUCACCAUUAUGUGGGAUUGGAAAUCAGAUCUUGAAAUAAAAGCCAGCGGCAGCCUCCGCGGCAAGAUUUUUGGGAUGUGUGGCUUAUUCAACGGUGCUAUCAACGAUGAGCUGACUCUGCCGACGAGUGAGGUCACCACAGAUCUCAUCUUAUUUGGGGAAAAAUGGAGGGCAGCUUUUUGCUUCCUGUCCAAAGAGCUGACAUCAUACAAUCUGCCACAGGGUAUCUGCAGGUUAGAUGCGGUGUUCCACUUAAAAGUAACCGCCCGUUGUGACCUGAUGUCCAAGCAGCCUUUCCACACCUGUCACGGUGUUGUAGAUCCCGCUAAGUAUAUAUCAGACUGCAAGACACUUGGCUGCACUGCCACCACGGGGGACGUUUUCAAGAACACAUGCCCUUCGUUCGCAGCUUAUAUAGAAGAAUGUGCCCGCCAGGGGCAAAUAAUCGCUUGGGCUGGAUCUCUUGAAUGCCAACCCGACUGCCCUGUCGAUCGGGUGUUGCUGCACUGUCCACAUACAGAACAUCGUAUGUGCAGUGACCAUCAUGUUUCAAUUGUGGGCAUUGAGGACAAGACCUGCUAUCCCGGAUGCUAUUGCACGCCUGACAAGAUCUUUAAUGACUACUCUGGAGAAUGCGUGGAACCAGAUGCGUGUCCAUGCAUCACUGAAAACCAUGCAUUAAAGCAACCAGGAUCUGAAUUCUACUUGGGGUGUAAUCUUUGCACCUGUCAUUCAGGAACUUACGAUUGUCAUUCAUCGAACUGCACAGAUUGCGAGUAUGACCAAGAGUAUAGCUCGUGUGCUUGCGGGAAGACCUGCGCUAAUCAGAACUCGCGUAUCUGUCCGGAAGAAGGUGAUGAGGACUGCCAAGGCGCUUGUGAAUGUCCGGCCGGAACGGUACUUGACGAAUUUAACAACGAAUGUAUAGCACCCGAGGAUUGUCCGUGUUUUCACGGGAACGAGACUUUCCCAGUCAACACAGUCUCAACUAGAUCAGAUGAAAUGUGCCUUUGUAAACAAGGAGCGUUUUGGCAGUGCAUUCCACUGGCACCAGAAGGUUCUUGUUGGGCCUAUGGCAUUUCCUCGUUUAAUACUUACGACGACAAGACAUAUUCUCAUAACGGAAAGUGUUCGUACGUAAUGUCAACCGAUGGUUGCAAUGAGAAUUCUACCGAAACAUUCCGCGUCGAGGUAGAAAGUCUGGACUGUGGGGAAGAUCCUUGGGCCUGCACCAAAGCCGUGCACAUUUCCUUCCCGGACGUCACCGUGGACCUUGUUCGUGGAGCAGAACCUAUCAUAACGCCAAACACCUCGAAAGUUUGCAUUCGAGAUGUAGGUGGCACUUACACCAUGGUCCGAUACGAAGGUCUAGCAAUUACGUGGGACGGGGCAAAUAUGGUUACUAUUACGAUUGAGGAACGUUUUGCAGAGAAGGUCUGCGGCUUGUGUGGCAACUUCGAUGGCCGGUCCGACGACGACUUCCUAAAACAACAAGGAGAUACUACAAGAGAUGUGAACGAAUUUGUGGACAGCUGGGCCACACGGGAUUGUCUUCCCGCCAGGACACUGAGCCCUGAAUGUUUGAACGAAGUGGAGGAGGCCAGAAGACCUUGGGCCGAGAGCCAGUGCGAUAUAAUCACUUCGGACGUCUUCUCUGAAUGCCAUCCAUAUGUAAGCUCGACGUUGUACUUUGACCACUGUGUCCAUGACGCCAUUAAGUGUUACCGCGGCAACGGUCAAGACUGCAUGUGCGACGCGGUGGCAGCCUACGCUCAAAAGUGUAUUGAGAAAGGAAUAUGUGUAGAUUGGCGAGAGGACCACCUAUGCCCUGUUCCUUGCCCAUGUGAAGAUAACAGAAAGUACUAUGCCUGUCAUUCAAGUUGUCUUACAACGUGUACAUACUGUCCAUAUGAAGACAAGUGCAUUACGCCAAAAGUAGAAGGGUGUUUCUGCGAAGGGAACCUCGUUGAUUCAAAUGGCACAUGUGUUCCACCCGGUCACUGCUAUGGAAAACCAGGAAUUACAACACCAACACAACCUACUCAACCGCCCACUACUCGUCCCCCUACAACACAGCCACCUACUACUGGACCCCCUACAACCCAACCUCCAACGACCCCCUCUCUGCCACCUACUACCCAACCUCCAACAACUCCCUCUCCGCCACCAACUACUCAACCUCCAACGACCCCCUCUCUGCCACCUACUACUCCGCCACCAACUACUCAACCUCCAACGACCCCCUCUCUGCCACCUACUACUCUGCCACCAACUACCCAACCUCCAACGACCCCCUCUCUGCCACCUACUACUCCGCCGCCUACUACGCAACCUCCAACGACCCCCUCUCUGCCACCUACUACUCUGCCACCAACUACUCAACCUCCAACGACCCCCUCUCUGCCACCUACUACCCAACCUCCAACGACCCCCUCUCUGCCACCUACUACUCCGCCACCUACUACCCAACCUCCAACGACCCCCUCUCUGCCACCUACUACUCCGCCACCUACUACUCAACCUCCAACGACCCCCUCUCUGCCACCUACUACUCAACCUCCAACGACUCCCUCUCUGCCACCUACUACCCAACCUCCAACAACCCCCUCUCUGCCACCUACUACUCAACCUCCAACGACCCCCUCUCUGCCACCUACUACUCCGCCACCAACUACCCAACCUCCAACGACCCCCUCUCUGCCACCUACUACUCCGCCACCUACUACGCAACCUCCAACGACCCCCUCUCUGCCACCUACUACUCUGCCACCAACUACUCAACCUCCAACGACCCCCUCUCUGCCACCUACUACUCCGCCACCAACUACUCAACCUCCAACGACCCCCUCUCUGCCACCUACUACUCCGCCACCUACUACGCAACCUCCAACGACCCCCUCUCUGCCACCUACUACUCCGCCACCUACUACCCAACCUCCAACGACCCCCUCUCUGCCACCUACUACUCCGCCACCAACUACCCCCUCUCUGCCACCUACUACUCCGCCACCUACUACGCAACCUCCAACGACCCCCUCUCUGCCACCUACUACUCUGCCACCUACUACGCAACCUCCAACGACCCCCUCUCUGCCACCUACUACUCCGCCACCAACUACCCAACCUCCAACGACCCCCUCUCUGCCACCUACUACGCAACCUCCAACGACUCCCUCUCUGCCACCUACUACGCAACCUCCAACGACCCCCUCUCUGCCACCUACUACUCCGCCACCAACUACCCAACCUCCAACGACCCCCUCUCUGCCACCUACUACUCCGCCACCUACUACCCAACCUCCAACGACUCCCUCUCUGCCACCUACUACGCAACCUCCAACGACCCCCUCUCUGCCACCUACUACGCCACCUCCAACGACCCCCUCUCUGCCACCUACUACUCUGCCGCCUACUACGCAACCUCCAACGACCCCCUCUCUGCCACCUACUACUCCGCCACCAACUACCCAACCUCCAACGACCCCCUCUCUGCCACCUACUACUCCGCCACCUACUACCCAACCUCCAACGACUCCCUCUCUGCCACCUACUACGCAACCUCCAACGACCCCCUCUCUGCCACCUACUACGCAACCUCCAACGACCCCCUCUCUGCCACCUACUACUCCGCCACCUACUACGCAACCUCCAACGACCCCCUAUCUGCGACCUACAACCCAACCCGCUACUACCCCACCUUCAACUACUGCUGGGCCCUGCAGGAUGGCUGGUGAUGAGAUAUGUGGGACGGACAUUCAAGGUCUUUAUAAUUCCGACUCUUGCGUUGCUCCUGGGGAUAACUAUGCUGUCGUGGCUCCAUCAAGGGAAUGUUUGAUUACUUUUAGCGUUCCAUCUAAAGUCAAUCAACUUGAGAUCCAAGUCAUCGACGUCGUCGAUGCAGAUGUUAUCUAUACCAUCACCUGUAAAGAUACGACUGGUAAAUGGAGUAGCGCAGUGGAUAACAAUGGCACUACGAUCAACUUUUCUAUUCCCGCUGGUACUGGGCCCAACGAGGUAAUCAGAGAACCUCUCGGUUCUCUGGCACCGCAUGAAGUGGAAACAAUCGGGAUUCAUUUCCAGCCGACUGGAUUCUCAGAGUUCCACAUCUUGACAAACUUCGAUGUUUGUACUACUAUAGAUUACUGUGUACCCAAACAACCAGGAUGCCGUUUCAACGGAAAGUUUUAUAAUUACGGAGACAACUUGCCUUUUAAUGACAGCUGUGUCGAAAUGGUUUGUGAUGAAAUGAUGGGUCUCCUGGCAACCGUAAAGACUUGCAAUCUCGACUGUGAUGGGGACCUCAUAUACAUGGACGGCCAGUGCUGUCCGGAUUGUGUACCGGCGAUUACGGUCGGAUGUGAGGUUACCUACUCUAACAGGACAGUAAAUGUAGGGGAUUUGUGCCGCACCGUCCUCCCUAUCGCAAUGGGCGAAUGCGCAGGCCUGUGCUCGAGUUCGGUAGACUCGAUGUUGGAUAAUUCUUGUACUUGCUGUCAAGUCAGCCAAACAACUUCGAUCCAGGCACUUAUCGAGUGUCGAGAUUCCGAGGACGCGCAAUCAUAUCGUGUCAAUGGACUUACUAACGUCGUAUCAAUCUCUCAGUGCGCGUGCCAACGCUGCAAUCCUGCAAUCCUGCAAUCCUGCAAUCCUAAAUAG